CCAUCCGACGCCCGUUCCUCCUCAGGCGCACACUUCGUUCAAGAGAGCAGUCAUGAAGGCGGUUUGUGUCGUGGCCUUGGUCGCCGCGCUGUGCGUCGCUCCCUUCCGAGCUGAGCAGCCUCCGGCCGGAGUGCUGCGUCCUCUGCCCCGCCCCGGCCAUGAGGGCGUGCGCACUCUGCCGGCUCUUCUGCCCGACGACCUGAGGCAGACCAGGCCUUUUGGUCGACCUGACGUUCCGUCUUUCCAGCGACCUCAGAUCCAGCCCCGACACCCAUCUUUCCUCAAGGAAACGAAACCUCUGCCCCGUCCGGUGGGAGUGCAAACUUUGCCACAGGAUCUCAGGCAGACAAGACCCUUUCCUCGUCCAGCAGGAGUAAACACACUUCCUGCUGAGCUCCCCGAGGAUCUUCAAGGCUCAAGGAAACAGACAAGACCUUUCGUCCGCCCCGACGUCCCUUCCUUCCAGCGUCCUCAGAUCCAGCCCCGACACCCAUCCUUCGACAAGCAGACGAAGCCUCUGCUUCGUCCGGUGGGAGUUCAGACUCUGCCAGAAGAACUGCCACAGGAUCUUCAGCAGACGAGGCCCUUUGCUCGUCCUCCAGUCCCAUCCUUCCAGCGUCCUAAUCCUUGGCCCCUCCAUGUGCCUCAGGGCGAAGGAGUAAACACACUUCCUGAGGACCUUCCUGAAGAUCUUCAAGAGUCAAGGAAGCAGACAAGACCUUUCAUCCGCCCCGACGUCCCUUCCUUCCAGCGACCUCAGAUCCAGCCCCGACACCCAUCCUUUGACAAGCAGACGAAGCCUCUGGCCCGCCCUCUCAGAGUGGCAACUCUGCCAGCAGAACUGACACAGGAUCUAAGGCAGACAAGACCCUUUCCUCGUCCAGCAGGAGUAAACACACUUCCUGCUGAGCUCCCCGAGGAUCUUCAAGGCUCAAGGAAGCAGACAAAACCUUUCAUCCGCCCCGACGUCCCUUCCUUCCAGCGUCCUCAGAUCCAGCCCCGACACCCAUCCUUCGACAAGCAGACGAAGCCACUGCCUCGUCCGGUGGGAGUUCAGACUCUGCCAGCAGGACUGCCACAGGAUCUCAGGCAGACAAGACCCUUUCCUCGUCCAGCAGGAGUAAACACACUUCCUGCUGACCUUCCUGAAGAUCUUCAAGGCUCAAGGAAACAGACAAGACCUUUCGUCCGCCCCGACGUCCCUUCCUUCCAGCGUCCUCAGAUCCAGCCCCGACACCCAUCCUUCGACAAGCAGACGAAGCCUCUGCUUCGUCCGGUGGGAGUUCAGACUCUGCCAGAAGAACUGCCACAGGAUCUUCAGCAGACGAGGCCCUUUGCUCGUCCUCCAGUCCCAUCCUUCCAGCGUCCUAAUCCUUGGCCUCUCCAUGUGCCUCAGGGCGAAGCUGAGAUCUGCCAGAGCUGCGACCGCCUGCCCUUCGUUCGCCGCGGAGCCUGCUGCAAGCGCUGGAACCUCUGCUGUUGAGGAACUUCUUGGCUGCUAAUUCACAGAUGACAUCCUGUGACUUUUAUUAUUGUUAAUAUUGAUGAUCAUUUGUUUUUUGCAUCUCUUGGUUUGGUGUAUAAUGGAAGUGCUAAGAUUUUAAAUCUUACUGCACUACCCAAAAAUUAAUCAACAUAAACGGAACGAAAUGCAUGAAUAUCUUUAGAAUACACACACGCACAUAUGUACGUACGCAUGAAAUGAUAAACAUUUAGAGAUAUAUUCCACUUUAUUUCAGUAUUAUAUAACAAAUAAAAAUAAUAAUCAGU